AUGUACCGUGACAACAUCAUGUUCUUCCUGCUGGGGCUGUUCGCCAUCCGCAUCAGCAUCAAAAUUGUUUGCACAAACUUUAUGUGCGAGCUAAUGCUGACAGUCCCAAUCGCCAUCACCAACCAGACCAUGGCCAUUUUCACAUUGCUUGCAGCGCCUACGCUCUUCGACUUCCUGGUUAUGUAUGUGGCGUUGAUUGGACUUCAGAUGAUCGAGCGGAUCUACAUCGGCCCUAAUGAGGAUGUGGUCAUGGGCAAGCUCGGGGCGUGGAAGCGCACCUUCGACGGCUACAUGAACUCGCUGAACGCUGCAAAACCAAAGAAAGCUGAUGAUGAUGAGGAGUCAGAAGACGAGAAGAAGUUUGAGGAUCAAGAUGAGAUGGAACUUGAAGGUGAGACAGAGGAAAUGAUCUCUUUCUUGGCAACGGUCUCUGCAGACUCCCUUGCCAACUUUAUCGUUCCCACCUUCUAUGCAUUCUGCAUGUUGCUCUUCGACGAAUGCCGCAUCCUGACCAACUUCAGGAUUCCAGAGCACAAUGCCGAGUUCUACCUGUAUUUCUACAUCCUCAUGCUCCCUUUCCAGAUAAUAGCAGACCGUAUUUGCUUCAACAUCGUCGAGUGCUACCACGGCUGGAAGGUCACGGACUAUUUGGAGUAUUGUGCCUAUCGCUUCCUUGUCCGAACCACCGACUGGAAGGGCAAGGACAACGUGCUCGACCAGACUCUGUCACCCCACGUGCGAUCUAUCGACCAGCUUUGCUUCUCGGACCAGUUCUAUUUCGUGAACCUGAUGCAGACAGUGGGUGCAAUGGCUCUGGUUUUCGGCAUGCAGAUCAUCUUUGAAGCAGGGUGGAACAUCUUCGAGGAUCCUGCAACUCCGGUAGUGCUCUUCUACGCGCUCUGCCUGUGCAGAGGUACCAGUGCCAUGACGGGCGUCUCUGCUGGGUAUCUUAAGAUCUGGGUGGUGCGCUACCGCACCUGGGCCGAAUCGGGCUACCAGCAGGCCAUCAUCAAGAAGAUGCAAGCUAUGUCAGGAAGCACUGUCGAUGAGAAGCCUCCUCCGCCUCCGGCCGGCUCCGUUCAUGAUGGCUGGCCUGAGCCAGCCCACUACGACAAGCACGGCAUGGAGAGGUAUCGUGUCGCCUUCCUGGCCGAGAACCAGCUUUGGCUGCAGGUUGCUGUGUCGGAGAUGAUGGAUAAAAAGACCUUGGAAAAGCACCGUCAAGACCUCUUGGACGGCCUGGCCUCCAUAGUCAACGAGGUUGCUCCAAAAGACUACGCGCCUGAGGGCACAGAGGCAGUUGAGAAGGAGAUGUUCCAGUUUGGAGCUCCCCCGGCUAUGGACCUGGCCAGAGCAGCUUCAGAGAUCCAGCGGGAGACGUAUGAGAACUCCGCACUCCGCCAGCUCAUGAGGAUGUGGCGAGAACGCGCCCAAUUUAUGCUCUUUUUGCAGCAAGUAUCGGCUAUGGUCAAGUUGGACAACUAUCAGCGACGGACUGCCUGCGAGAUUUGCGGGAAGGGCAAGGACCAACAACCACUCGUGGUGCUCCCCAUUUACACCCUUCUGCACCUGGCUUCCCUCUACCGAGAGCAGAGAGACAUGUCCCCACUGUGGAACACCCCUCUGUGGAAGCACUUCUACCAAACAUUCACUCCUACCUGCACUCUCUGCGAGGAGUGCGCCAAGUAUUACCACAAGCGUAACACCAACAUCCCGGUUAACGAGAAGCGCUACCAGCGCUUGCAGGCGAAACAGAAGAGCGCCUACGAGAAAGUCAGGGUGAGCGAUUACCCUGUGAUCACCAUGGAGCCAGAAAUGAAGCAGGUUCUGAACCUCUGGCUCGCGUGGACGAGAUGCAUCGUAAACGAUGAGCGUCCACAAGACUUCCUGCCACGCUUCGGCAUCGAAGGACGCACUAUGCAGGAGAUCAGGAAGGAAAUGCUUGACAAGGCUUGCCAUGUUUUCGAUAGGUCACUGCCAUCAGUCUCUGACAAGGAGGACGAGGCUGCAGCAGCUGACGAUGACGGCACCAAGGAUCCAAGGAAGAUUGACUUGGAAGCGGAUGACAUCCCCCAGAAGCCGCCGCUCAAGGUCCCGAAGUCCCUCACUUGGUCGGACGAGUCGAUCAUGCGAGCUUGGCUUCACCGGGCCCGCGACAGCCUCCAGGCACCCCAGACGACCAAUUGGAUGUAUCCUGUGGAAGCUGGGUCUGCGGCCAAGAUGGGAGAAGAGCGACCCUUGGGCAAGUCGGCACAAGCUGCCUCAGCACGUACUUGUCCCGUUCUUCGGUGGAGGAAAAUGACAAUACUGAAGUGGAAGAAUAACUUCUUAAUUAGGCAGGGGUCCCCAAGCUUAUCUCAAGCAGCUGUAUCUUGCUUGGAUCGACCAUGA